AGGAUAUGCAACAACAACAACGGCAAACAGCAAAGAAAAGCCAACAGCAACAACAACAAUAAAGCUAUAACAAUAAAGGCGAGGGCAGCAGAGCAAACAAAUCCCUUAAAAUCAGCGCUACACCCACAGCGGCACAGCACACAUACACCUACAUAUAUACAUUGCACGCAACACCCACAAAGCGUGUGAACCAAAUACUCCAAAAUAAGAAGAAGAAAAUAUUUGUAAAGCACGAAACUCGAAAUAAGCGUCCACAGCGGAAAAGGAAAUAAGUUGCGGAGCAAACAAACAUACAAAGCUUAUACGUACAUAUGUAUGCAUGUAUGUAUGGGCAUGUAAUAAUAGCGAAAUAUGUAAAUAAAAAAUCGUUGCGAAAAAGUCGCCAAAGAGUGUAGCCUGAAAACAUUUCCCGCUGACAUUAACACAAAUGCUUGACAAUUUGUUUUACCAAUUUCCAGCCACACCAAGCGACUAUAUUGACUAGCCAUAUAAGGCAGCAACAACAAGCACGGUGUGUGUGCGGGUGUGCACGAGUUGAAGCUAGCAUCCUGUGCCGCACGAAAAAGUGCUUUUAUACGCAAAAGCAGCGCAGCGGCGUCAACGUCAGCGCCAAACAUCCGGUGGGCGCGUUCAGGCCACAAACGCGGCUGUGAUUGUAUGCUUGCACCACUAGGCAGCAUCCAACGUGCGCGUAUCCUUGCCGCUUGGGACACAUUUAAAUGUGUGUGCGAUAGCUCGUGAAUGUCCUGUGGCUAGUUGAUUUUAUUUUUUGCGUACAUUUCGUCCAACCACUGUUGCCACAGACAAUUGUCGUUGCUGUUAUUAACAGUGAAACGAUCAAAAGAGUGCCCUAUAGCUAGCUUAUAGCUUUGCUAACAGUGUGUGCAAAAUAAAAGCUGCUUUAAGGGGUAAUAACAAAGUGAGACUACUACAAAAACAACACAAGUGUGUGUGAAAAGUGUUAAGAAAUGGCCGCCUACACGCAGUUUGGUUAUAAUUACCCGUCGGCAAAUCAGUUACUCAACGGUGUUGCACAGUCAGCAGCCGCCGCCGCUAACAUUUCCAACGGCAUGUCGGCAAACAACAUCGGCAUGGUUAGCGGCAGCGCACCGUCACCGCUCUCUGGCGGCAAUGAUGCAUCACUCAGUCCAUCUGGCGGCUCGUCGGCCACCACAACUGGCGGUGUCACAACCACUGGACCGCUUAGUCCAGGUGCAAUUUCGCAAACAUCAAAUAAUACAAACAACAAUAACAACAGCGGCGCUAGCACCUCCGGUCUCAGUAUACUGCAUAGCAGCACCGCCAAUGCAAUCGGCUUGAGUUUGAGCCUAAAUGCAGAUGUCAGCGGUAGCGAGGGUGAUGUCGGCAUAGGCAUUGAUGGUGUAGGCGCCGCCGCCGCCAAUGCUGCCACUAUCAAUGACGGCACUACGCCCUGCUGUGAGAAUGGCCGCCCCAUUAUUACAGAUCCCGUCUCCGGGCAGACGGUCUGCUCGUGCCAAUACGAUUCGGCGCGCUUGGCGCUCUCCGGCUAUACGCGCAUGCCCGGCGCUGGUGCCACAGCCGGCGUUGGUGUUGGUGUUUAUGGCACGCCCUAUCCAUCAAGCGAGCAAAAUCCCUAUCCCAGCAUUGGCGUGGAUAGUUCGGCGUUCUAUUCGCCGCUGAGUAACCCCUAUGCACUUAAAGAAGGCAACGCUGGCUCUGACAUGUCUGCUUGGACCUCAGCUAGCCUGCAGCCAACCACUGGUUAUUAUUCAUAUGAUCCCAUUGCCGCUUAUGGUUACGGUUCCAGUUACGACUUGGCCGCACGCCGCAAGAACGCCACACGUGAGUCCACAGCCACACUGAAGGCUUGGCUUAGUGAGCACAAGAAGAAUCCCUACCCCACCAAAGGUGAGAAGAUAAUGUUGGCCAUCAUUACGAAAAUGACGCUGACACAGGUCUCUACAUGGUUCGCGAAUGCGCGUCGACGUUUGAAGAAGGAGAAUAAAAUGACUUGGGAACCAAAGAAUAAGACCGACGACGAUGAUGAAGCAAUGUUGUCGGACGAUGAGAAGGAAAAAGAUGCUGCCGAUGAGGUUGAUAAGCUGAGCAGCGGCGGUGUAGGCGCAGGCGACGUCGUUGGGGGCGUUUACGGUGGUGCAGCUUUGAGUGGCAGUGACUUGCGAAAAGAUGACCCCGUGGUGAAAUCUGAGUUAUUGGGGAAGGAAUACAAAAUGGAUGGCUGCACAAUGGAUGAACCGAAAUUCGGCGAUAUAUCCUCCUUACGCAACAUGAGUGGCAUCUACAGUUCACCAUAUGGGCAACACCCCAGCUAUCAUCCCUACCAACAACAACAAGCAACUGCUUACUACCAACAACAGCAACAACAGCAGCAUGCAGUUAGUAUGACAUAUGGCACAACAAGUCAAAUCAACGCAGCGAAUGAGUAUAAUGUGUCAAAAAACCUGCUGCGUGCGGCGGACUGUGGUAUACCGCUCCCAGCGAGCAAACCCAAGAUCUGGAGUUUGGCAGACACGGUCGCUUGCAAGACACCGCCACUUCCGCCGCCGCCGACGCUGGCCGCACUGCCACCACCUACACAAAUGAACACAUAUCAGCAGCAGCUACAGCAACAACAACAGCAGCAGCAAUCGUUGCUGCCGAGCCGGUCGCAAUACUACCAACAAAUGCCGACGCACUUACAACAGCUCAGUCAACUCAAUCCACACAGCAGCAGCAACACACAACCAGCGCACAACAACAACAGCAGCAGCAGCAACAAUUCGACAUCGCUGAGUAUGAUGAACGGCUACGUCGGCGCAUUGCCUUAUUCGCGCAUACCUACGGCGUACGCAGCAACUGGCAGCAGCAACAACAACAACAACAGCAGCGGUCAAUUUCUCAAUUUGAGCUCCAGCAGCAACAGCAGCAACAAUGGCAGCGGCAGCAGCAACCACCACAACGGCAGUAUUGGCAGUGGCAGCAGCAACAGUAGCGCUUCGACGCCACCUGCCAUGACGCAGGGGCCACCACUGUUAACAGCGCAACAAUAUCACCAGCUGCAACAGCAACAACAGCAGCAACAGCGCUUGGGUUUCAACGAAAUACAGCCGGAUACGCCGCCACAAACACCACCCAACAUGAAGUUGGUGAGCGGCGGCAGUGGCAUUGCCUUGAAUCAGCUGGCGCGCAGCGGCUUAAUGGGGACGCCCACUAGCGCCGCGACUGGCAUGUGCUACAACGGUGGUAAUGGUAUCGCUGUGUCGCAAGGGAUGUACGGCGCGGCAAUGGGUGCCAGUGUGGGUAUCAAUUACGCGUUGGCAGCGGCACGUGCUGAGGGCUGAGUGGGGAGAGUUGGAGGUCAUGAGUCAAUCAGUCGCUGAAAAAAAUUUAAAAAAAAAAAAUUAAGCUUACGCAACUCGUGUCAUCCAUGGGACAUGUGGGACAUGCGCAACAACAAAAGCAGGCAAUAAAUUGUAAAAAUAUAAUUGUAUUGAAAUUUUUGUAGCAAAGCGCGGCGCUUACGGACGGCGGACAGCGGAAGUAAGUCACACUAGUUUCUUCAUUACUUUUCCUUGUACAUCUGCGUCGUAUUUACAUACAUGUGUAUAUACACCACAAAUCCGCUAUUCGCAGCAGUGCCUGCCGUCACAAUUUAAACGCGCUAAUUAUUUUGCAAUAAAAACGUAAUUUGAGUAAGCGGCAAUAAAAAGUGUUUAUUGCAAUUCGCCUGCCGGCUGCGUAAUUCAACACGCGCGCAGCUAACCAAAAAAAAAAAAAAAAGGG